AUGGCUGGACUUUCUGCUACGACACUUCGUGCUCUUGGCCCAGGAGGUGCAGCGAUUUUGUUGAAGAAGCUGGGCUGGCAUGCAACACAGGUCGCAUUCUCUGCACUGGGCCCAGCUGGAGUGGGAGCACUGUUUCAGCAGCUUGGGAGAGAGUUCGCAGCUGAUCUGCUGCGAGCGCUGGAUGCUGAUUGGGUUGCAAAACUGUUCGGCAAGCUCCGGGCAGAUUUCCUUGAAGCGUUGUUCAAGAUUAUCGGCGUUGGCUUUGUUCGGGACUUGUUCAUUGGCCUCUCGGUCAGCUUUUGCGUCCAGCUGUUCAACAACCUCGGGAGUGACUUCACCGCCGAGCUGUUUCUCAAGCUGGGCCAAGCCUACGUUCGAGACCUGUUCGUUGCCGUGGAUUGUGAGUUCUUCAGCAAGCUUUUCACAGGGCUUGGCAGCCAGUGGACAGUGGAAGUCCACAUGAAGGCAGGCGCUCGCUUCGUGACCGACCUCUAUGCAGAGCUUGGAUUCAAAUAUACGGCGUCAUUGUUUGGCACCGCUGGGCUGCAGUUCACGGUAGAGGUCCAUAAACGCUUUGGGGCGGAGUUUGCUGCCACGCUGUAUGGCGGCCUGGGCGCUGAUUUUUUUGCCGGGCUGUUGCUGGAUUUGGGUCCGGAAUUUGCGUCAGAUUUUCUCGUCUGCUUGGGCCAGGACUAUGGCUGCCACUUCUUAACCUUAUUGGGCAAUGCCUACAUGGCGCACUGCUUCCUGACGAUGGGGGCAAAGCCCGCUGCAAAUGUCUUCAAGGUGAUGGGCUCUGGCUUUCUUGCCACCCUCUUCCAAGAGUUGGGUUCUAGUUGGAUUGCUGGCAUCCACAUCCACAUGGGCCAGGAUUUUGUUUGCGCGCUUUACCAAGAGCUCGGGCCCAACUACCUGGCUUCCAUCUUUGCCACUUGGGGUCAUGCCUUCGCUGCAGACAUACUGCGAAAGUUGGAUGCUCCAUUCUGUGCGCAGCUGUUUAUCUUGCUUGAUGCUGACUUUAUAUCUGUGCUGUUUGGCAAACUUGGACGCAACUAUGCCGCAUGCCUCUUCCGCGCACUUGACGCACCGUUUGUGGCCGUGAUGUUCUCAAACCUCGGUGCUGUCUACCUCGCUAUUCUCUUCAGAUGCCUGUCAAUUGUCUUCGUCGCCGACUUGCUGCAGCAGGUAGGCAGCUCCUGGUCUUCGCACCUCUUCAACAGACUUGGUGGCAAAUUUGUCGGCUAUCUCUUCAAAGACCUGGGCCCUGUGUUCAUUGUGGCGUGUCUGUUUGGCUUGUUACAGGACAGCUAUUUCUUCAAAGACUUUGGCUCUUUGUUCAUCGUGCGCAUUCCGAGCAACAGACUCGAGCAUAAUGUCAGCUCCUGCGGAGAUGCAAGUUUUGACUUCCUUGCCCACCGGACCACCAAGCCAUGGGCAUCGUCAUGGGCACCAGUGCUGGAGGGGGAGCAGCUGCAGGCAGCGGUGGUGGAGGUGGCAGCGGAGGCUGGAUGUCUCAAUCUCAAGCUGGGCCAAGGCAGCUACACCAAGGAGAAAAGUGCCACUUAUGGCUACAGGCACGAGCACGUGCAGGUGCCGGCCUGCCUGCUGGCUCUGCUUGCUGUGCCGUCAACUCAAAGAGACAUCUCAAAGCAUCACAAAGAGCUCAGCGCGCAGAUGCGCGGCCCGCUGCUUUUCCUCCCGCUGCUCUUCCUCUGCCCCGUCCGGGCCCCGGCGCAAGUGCGCUCUUUCUUCACCGGCGAGAGCUGUGUGCAGGGACAGCAGCUGCUGUUUGACUUGCGGGGUCUCCUGUGCGGACCCGACCACAGAGGCCCGGAGAAGAGAGUGGCGUGGAGCCCUCACAUCCCCGCACACUUGCGCAGUAACCUCGGCGUGCAGGCUCCGCACUACCACGAGGUCGUCCGCCGCCACUACAACACGGUGGUCAGGACUCCAAGCUCCAACGAAACCCAGGGCCAAGGGAAGUGCUGUGGAGAGAGCGUCCUGUCCUGCCUGGUGGCGCAGGUGAAGGUCCAGAUGCCGCAGGCGCCGCCCAUCGUCCACACGGUCCACGUGGUCAAGCCCAACGCGCACUACGACUGCUUCGAUGGCGACAACUACGCCUACAAGACAUGGUCCGGCCCACACACGCGGUGGUGCUGCUACAAGUACAAAGAGUACUGUCCCAAGCAAGUCGUGAACCGCAACAUCUACCACCACGUGACCAAGAUCCAGCGGGUGCACGUGCCGGUGCCGGUCCAAGCACCGCGCCCUCCUCCAGCUGCUCGGCUUGGGCAAAAAAUGGCAAAAGUCACAGCGCAGCCCGUGAUAGUUUUUAAGUUAUUCUGCCGUGCUUAUAGCUACGGUGCUCACUGUCCCGGUGCCGAGAUCAUCCACAACAUCCCGCAAGUCUACCAUAUCCCGAGCCCGCCAAUGUACGUGCACGUGCCGGUGCCGGGGCCCACCGUGGUCCAUCACGCGCGGAGCCCGGUCGUGGUCAACAAGGACGUGCCGUACCCCGUGCGGCAGCCUCCCCAGGUCAUAACCGUGAAGAAGCCCUACACGGUCAAGAUCGCCGGCCGCAGUGGCCAUUAUGUGCACGUCCCGGUGCCCUCGCCGCCUCACAUCGUUCCCAAGUACAAGGUGCACGUUGUCACGGUGAUGGACUAUGCGGAAGCACUGGUGCUGCGACCAUCAGCAGCGGGGCUGCCCAGGAACAUGACCAUCUGGGCUGUCCUGGCGACGCCCAUGGUGGGCUGCGCGGCCACCACGCUGUCCCCAUUGGGCUGCGACGCCGCUCGUGCUGACAACAUAUGCGGUAACGCUGCCCUGGGCAACUGGUGCCGCGCCUGGUCGCCCGAGAAGAAGAUCUGGUGCUGCGACAACGAGCAGAAGGGCUGCCAGAACCCGGACACGCCUCCAGACUGCGAUGCCGGAGCUGGCAUGUACUGGAAGAAGGUGUUCAUCUCGAACCACUGGACGUGGCAGGCCGUGGCCGUGGGCGGCACGACGGUGAUGAGCAAACCAUAUGACUGCCACGCAGGACCCGCAGCGAUUCAGAGGGAAGUGCUGCAUGCUCUGAGGUGCUGCAGCCACGAGCAUCUGGGCUGCCCGGGCUACCACUAUGGCGGUGGCGGCGGUGGUUCCACGGUGGUGACCACGCAUGUCGUGCAUCACGACGUGUACUCAGGCCUUGGAAGGGCUGCAGGGGGAUGCGCAACAUCACUUGAUGCCGUUGACAUCUCGCAAUCAGGCGGCGCGGGCGGUGCCGCCGGCGGUGCGGCCGCUGGCGGUGCGGCCGCUGGCGGUGCGAUCGCUGGCGGUGCGGCCGCUGGUGGAGGCUACAGCUUCGCGGGUCAUCCCCCGAGCGCGGCCGGCGCGGGCAUGAUGUGGCACUGGGCUGCUCGGCGGAUACUUUGGAUAGGGAACGCUUCUCUGCUGUGCUUGACUUCAAUUGACUGA